AUGGAAACUUUUGGAGUCAUCCCAAGGGGUGUGAGCAUGAAAGAUUACCUGGAAGUUGAAUAUGUUGAGCUGUACAAGCAACAGUAUGAGAAAAAUAAAAAAGAACAUCACACAGACCGAUACUUUAACAAUAAACUCAUCAUACGCCGUGGACAGAAAUUUGACAUUAGAAUAAACUUCAACCGACCAUACAAUCCAGGAAAUGACCAAUUUUGGCUGGAGUAUAUUAUUGGUAAGUUUGCAGAGAGACAGAAGAUGUAA